GAGGAAACGCCAAUUGCAAGUCUCUAUUCCGAGUGGGUGGGUCUUUAUGCAGAGGAUGACAGUCAUGUUUUGUUUGAAAGCUUGGAAUCAACAGCAUCGAAACAACACCUCGUCUGAUUCCCUGGCUCCUGUCCGUCCAUUUACUGGCCGCUGUAAUACCCGAAAUCCCACGCUGAAAUGGAAGAAACGAGCCCCCUCGUCUCUCCUCUCCAGCACUCCAUAGACUCCAACAACUGCCAGAGAGAAGCCACCAGUCCAAUAACUCCGGGUUCUGUGGUGCGAGUGUCGGCUGGGAGCCCUGGACGCAGCCGGGAGAGACAGCCGCUUUUGGUCAGGGACAGAGGGAACUCUCCGCGGGAUCCACACAGGAAUGAGUUUCCAGACGACCCAGAUUUUCGGGAGAUCGUGAGGAAAGCAGAACAAGCCAUAGAAGAAGAGAUCUUUCCAGAGAUCAUCUGCCAAGGAUCUAGUGGUAGUUACUUCGUGAAAGACUCUCAAGGGAACGUAAUCGGUGUGUUCAAGCCUAAGAACGAGGAGCCGUAUGGUCAGCUGAACCCAAAGUGGACCAAGUGGCUCCAGAAGCUGUGUUGUCCCUGUUGCUUCGGACGGGACUGUCUGGUCCUGAACCAGGGCCAUUUGUCUGAGGCCGGGGCCAGUCUGGUGGACCAGAAACUACAGCUCAAUAUCGUGCCCCAGACCAAGGUGGUGUACCUGGCCAGUGAUACGUUUAACUACAAUGCUAUAGACAGAGUCAAGUCUCGGGGAAAGAGGCUAGCUCUGGAGAAAGUUCCCAAAGUUGGACAGCGCUUCAACAGAAUAGGCCUCCCUCCUAAGGUGGGAUCAUUCCAGUUGUUUGUGGAGGGCUACAAAGACGCAGACUAUUGGCUAAAGCGGUUUGAGGCAGAGCCUCUUCCAGAGAACACCAAUCGGCAGCUGCAGCUUCAGUUCGAGAGACUGGUGGUCCUCGACUAUAUAAUUAGGAACACAGAUCGGGGGAAUGACAACUGGCUGUUAAAAUACGACUGUCCAAUGGACAUAGAAAGGAACCGGGAGACAGACUGGGUGGUGGUAAAAGAGCCUAUUAUCAGACUGGCAGCCAUAGACAAUGGUCUUGCCUUCCCAAUCAAACACCCUGACUCCUGGAGAGCCUAUCCAUUCUACUGGGCGUGGUUAUCUCAGGCUAGGGUUCCUUUCUCUGAGCAGAUUAUGGACUUGGUUCUGCCAAAACUGACCGACCCCACCUUCAUCAAAGACCUGGAGGAAGACCUCUACCAACUCUUUAAGAAGGAUCCAGGCUUUGACAGAGUACAGUUCCACAAACAGAUAGCUGUGAUGAGAGGACAGAUUUUGAACCUGAGCCAGGCCCUGAAGGAGCGUAAGACCCCCCUACAACUGGUCCAGAUGCCCCCAGUCAUAGUGGAGACAGCCAGAGCACCACAGAGAGCCAACAGUGAGUCCUACACACAGAGCUUCCAGAGCAGGAAACCCUUCUUCACCUGGUGGUAGAGGAGGAGGCCAAGUAGAAGAGGAGGUAAGAGGGGGAGAGACUUGAGAUGGAGGAAGACUGUAUAGCACUGGAGCAGAAAGAGAGGAUAGUGAGAAGCGAGACAAAUGAAGAGAGAAGAGUAGGGAGGAAGAAUGGACCAGAUUGAGAGACUGGAGAGGAGGAAGAAGAACACCGUUCAAAAACCUCUGCCUUACUUCAGUUUCAUCAGCCAAUCAAGCUCUUCCCUGCUCAUAACCAAUACGAAGUCUGAUGGGUUCCGGGGAAGGUAGAAACAUAUCUGAGAGUUGUGCUGUAACUACAGACAUAAGAGAGAGGAAGUAGUGUCAACAUUCAGAACUAAUGUAUCUUACAAAUUAUCUUUUCAAAUAAAUAUAAAGGGGUAAAGAAUGGUAUGUUAAGACAGUUGGGUAGCCCUGCACUGGUAGUCGGCUGAAAGAGAUGAUUAUAAAGACCCAAAACUGUGAAAGACUCCCACUGUGGCAGAGGUUAGGUUCCCAUUGCCAAUUGAUGGUUGUAUUUAUUGUAACCAGUCACUGAAGGAGAAUGCUAAGUCUUUUUUUCAUUACAAAAUGUCAACAUAUGGUAGUCCAAUCAAAAUUCAAGUCCACAGAAUAUCUUUUUACAUUAAACAUGUCAGCCCCAACUGGUCACUUUCCUUACCAAGUUACAGCCUUCUAGCAUCUCUUGUGGCCUCUGAAGCAUGACUACCAUGAACAGUAUGGCCUGUAGCUAGCAAGCAGAGAAGUCAAGUGUCCUGAUAUUCGUAGCUAUAAUCUUUAUGGUCUGUUAGGGUUGCAACAUUACAGUAACUUUCUCAAAGUUCCUCAGUUUUUCAGAAAUCCUGGUGGGAAAAUUUCCUGCUUUUACCCUUCUGAUUCCAGGAAUUUUCCAACCAGAAAACCUAGGAAUGUUGUGAACGUUACUGUAAUUUUGCAAUCCUAUGGUGGUAUGUAUGCAUGUAUGCUGUGGUCAGACAUUCAGCAUUUGGGCCUUAUUUGAAUGAGUGUCUUCCUUUGACCCAGAAGAGCCUGACCCCAGGAGGUUGGUGGCACCUUAAUUGGGGAGGACGGGCUGGUGGUAAUGGCCGGAGCAGAAUGGUAUCAAAUACAUUAAAUAAAAUGUUUCCAUGUGUUUGAUGCCAUUCCAUUCACUCCAUUCCAGCCAUUAUUAUGAGCUGUCCUCCCCUCGGCAACCUCCACGGAGCCUGACUGAAGUAGCCUGGUUAAACCAGAAUGAACGCAGCGCUCACCAUUGUUUCACUUCAUGAGUGCAGUGUUAAAUAUGGGUUAACCAGGCUAUGACAGAAGGGCCACGUUACAGGUGGUACUAACUACUCAUACUGGGAUUGAAGUUUGUACUGGGUCAUGUUCAUUAGGGCAAACCGUGGGAAAAUGUUUUGCAACAGAACAAAAAUAAGCAUGUCUUAUUGGACAAGGCCAGGUGGUACCCUCUGAUUUCACUCCUUUUUGGACACCUUUUGUCCAUUUCUUGCCUACUGAACAUAAACCAGGUAACAGCGCCUGUUGUGUUAUGCGCAUCUGCAUGUGAUGGCAGCCCUGUGGCGCCACCUAUGGGAUGACUGCAAUGUACUGUCUCAGAAACGCACAUUGCCUGUUUCCUCACAUAUCGUUUAUUUAAAUGUACAUUUCCUGCUGUAGUAACAACUGUCCUACAGAUAUAUUGUGUUGACAAAUCACAGGAGGUUGGUGGCACCUUAAUUGGGGAGGGGCUUGUGGUAAUGGAUGGAGUUGAAUGGGAGGGGCUUGUGGUAAUGGAUGGAGUGGAAUGGGAGGGGCUUGUGGUAAUGGAUGGAAUGGGAGGGGCUUGUGGUAAUGGAUGGAGUGGAAUGGGAGGGGCUUGUGGUAAUGGAUGGAGUGGAAUGGGAGGGGCUUGUGGUAAUGGAUGGAGUGGAAUGGGAGGGGCUUGUGGUAAUGGAUGGAGUGGAAUGGGAGGGGCUUGUGGUAAUGGAUGGAGUGGAAUGGGUGGAAUGGUUUCCAUGCGUUUGCCAUUUCAUUUACUCUGUUCCAGCCAUUAUGAGCUGUCCUCCCCUUCGCAGCCUCCACUGAUACGAUUUGUACUGUAUGUAAAGAAUGAAAUGCAUAAAGAAUUGUACUAUUCCAUUAUCAAGGUUUCUUGUACUUUUCUUGUCUCUUAGAUUGCAUCCUGAUUUUCUACCCUUCUCCCAAAGCGAGCCCUUGCACACUUUUCCAACAUGGAUUUAGCAAUCGUGGCAACUCAAUCCAGCCCAUGCUUACACCAGUCACAUGUUUUUAAAUCCAUGACUGGGAGUGUCCAAUUGCUGACUUCUAGAGAGGGCGGAGAAUUGGGAGCCAGAGUUGGUUGAUUUAUUUCAAAGGAAUGUUGAUCAAAUAAAAUCAGGUCAUUAUUAUGUAUUGACUUCCUCUUAGCCUACUAUUUCCAGGUAAACACCAGAUGAUUUAGCGGUACCUUCCGGUCUGCUGGUUUAUGUCAUUCCACAGUUCAGUCGUGGACACUGGCGGGCGAGCCACAGGAUAAUUCUGUUAUUCUCUGAUGUCUCAUUUUAACACGACAUAAAGUUUUAUAGAGAACCAAGGAUUAGUUAGAUUUGUU